CGCGAGCGCGAGAAAUGCAGAGGCUGCAGCGGCGGCGGCGGCGGCAGUAGCGGCAGCGGCGACGGCGGCGGCGGCAGCGCUCCAACUCGCUCCUCGCUCCGGGCUCCGCCGUCGAGCCGGGGAGAGAGCCUCCGCCUGCGGCCAGGCACCGGCCGGACGACGCCUGCGACCCGGGCCCCUCGGCGGCACCGCGCUCACUCAGGGGCGGCACAGGCACCCAGAGCCGAACCGCAAGAUGGGAGGCAAGCUCAGCAAGAAGAAGAAGGGCUACAACGUGAACGAUGAGAAGGCCAAGGACAAGGACAAGAAGGCCGAGGGAGCCGGGACCGAAGAGGAGGGAACCCCGAAGGAGAACGAGACCCAGGCGGCCGCCGAGCCCGCGGAGGUGAAGGAGGCCAAGGAGGAGAAGCCCGACAAGGACGGCCCGGACGCGGCGGCCGGCAAGCCCGAAGACAAGGAAGGCGACAAAGACACGGCGGCGGCCGCCAAGGAAGACGCCCCGAAGGCGGAGCCCGAGCAGACGGAGGCGGCGGCCGAGGGCAAGGCCGAGCCCCCGAAGGCCGAGCCCGAGCCCGCGGCCGGCGACGCCCCGCAGGCGGCGGAGCCCGAGGCGCCCGCGGAGGCCAAGGCGGAUGACAAGGGCCCGGAGGCCGGGGAACCCACAAAGACUGAGGCUCCCGCAGCUCCUGCCGCGCAGGAGACGAAAAGCGACGGGGCCCCGGCUUCAGACUCAAAACCCAGCAGCACCGAGGCUGCCCCGUCGUCCAAGGAGAGCCCGGCAGCCACGGAAGCGCCCAGUUCCACGGCCACGGCCAAGGCCCCGGCCCCCGCAGCCCCCGCAGACGACGCCGCCGAGGCGCCCGCGGCCAGCGCCGAGCAAACCGUAGCGGUCAAAGAGUAACACGGACACCUCUGAGCCCGGUCCCGCUCCCACCGCUGUCUCUCUCUCUGUGUCCUCUCUCUGUCUCUCUCUCUCCUCUACUAACUCGUUUCAAUUGGAAGUCAUGAUAUGUAUUGCCCAAGGAAAUAAAAAAAUAAUAAUAAUAAUAACUAAAAAGGAUGCUGUCCCAUCGAGGGAGGGAGGGGGUGGGGAGAAUCCAAAUAGUAUUUUUGUGGGGAAAUAUCUAAUAUACCUUCAGUCCUCGUUCCCAGUCAGUCCUGGAUUUUGAAGAUCAAUGUCUGAAAGUGCACAUCUUCCGCACCGACUGCUGCCACACGCCCUCCGCCGCCAAGAUCCGAACGUUCUUGUCUUCUGCAAGCGGGGGUCGGGAGGGAUGCGAUUGAUUCUGCCCGCGGGGCCUAUGCCAAGGCAAUCAGAUCUUUAUGAGAGCAGUAUUUUCUGUGUGUUCUUUUUAAUUUACAGCUUUUCUUAUUUUGAUAUUUUUUUAAUGUUGUGGAUGAAUGCCAACUUUCAGACAGCCCACUUAGCCUGUCCACGUGUGUAUCUUGAUGCCAAUACUCCAUUCUUCCUCCCCAGGUAUUUUUGGGAGUAACAAACAUUCUCUCAUCCUACUUAGCCUCCCUAGAUUUCUCAUGACGAGUUAAUGCAUGUCCGUGGUUGGGUGCACCUGUAGUUCUGUUUAUUGGUCAGUGGAAAUGAAAAAAAAAAAAAAAAAAAAAAAAGUCUGCGUUCAUUGCAGUUCCGGUUUCUCUUCCAUUCUGUGUCACAGACACCAACACACCACUCAUUGGAAAAUGGAAAAAAAAUAAAAAUUAAAAAAAAAACAAAAAAAAUGUACAAUGGAUGCAUUGAAAUUAUAUGUAAUUGUAUAAAUGGUGCAACAGUAAUAAAGUCAAACAAUUAAAAAGUAA